GAAGUGGCGUCGGUGCGCCGUGGCGGCGGAGGAAGUGACGCAAAGCGGCGCUCGGAUUGUUCUGGAAACCACCGAACGGCAAAAUGGCGGCGGCGACCGGCGGAAGACGCAGCAAGUGGGACCAGCCAGGUCCUGCUAUUAAUGGGUCAUUGCCUGGGGUGAUGCCAGCACAGGUCUCCAUGCCGACAACCACCUUUGCAACGGGUUCAGUGCCUGUCUCUCUGCCUCUAGGCACUGGUGCUCCAUCACCAGGAAUGACGAUGAGUGUUGGUUCCGUCGCCCCAGCUUCUGGAGCAUUAGACGCAGCAGCAGCUGUUGCUGCCAAGAUCAAUGCCAUGCUGAUAGCAAAAGGAAAGCUGAAACCCAGUCAGAUUACUCCUGAGCAGGCACCCCUUCCUGCAAAGAGUGUGGCAGCAGCUCCUGCAAAAAACAAGGAUGAUCUGGUGGUGGCUGAAGUCGAAAUCAACGACGUUCCCAUCAACUGUCGAAACCUGCUCACCCGAGGGCAGACUCAGGAUGAGGUCAGCCGGCUGACUGGAGCAGCUGUGUCUACACGAGGGAGAUUCAUGGCACCAGAGGAGAAAGUACAAGCCACACCAGGAGACCGUGCCCUGUACCUGCACAUCCAAGGACAGACUCGUGAUGUUGUUGACAAGGCUGUGAACCGCAUUAAAGAGAUCAUCGCAGGUGGAGUUAUAAAGGCUGUCAGUGCUUCCAGCUCGCAGUUCAAUGGUCCAAUGGUUACUGUCUAUCACCAGCCAGCCCCUGUUACUCAUCCUACAACCACCACAGCGAAAUCACAAGCUGGGAUGCAUUAUGUUCAAGAUAAAGUUUUUGUGGGUCUGGAGCAGAUUGAUCCAGCCUUUAACAUUAAAGAGAAAGUGGAGGGUCCAGGCGGAUCCUACCUGCAGCACAUUCAGGCUGAGACUGGUGCCAAGGUUUUCCUUCGUGGGAAGGGUUCAGGCUGCCUGGAGCCUGCAUCUGGGAGAGAGGCCUUUGAACCAAUGUACAUCUAUAUUAGUCAUCCCAAACCAGAGGGUCUUUCAGCUGCAAGGAAACUUUGUGAGAGCUUGCUGCAGACUGUCCACAGUGAACAUUCUAGGUUCUUGAGUCAAAUGAAUUCUUCAGUCAUGCCACCUCAAGGUUACCAGCAAGUGCCUGGAGCUGUUCCCCAGCAGCAUUAUUACCCAGGACAGGGUUACCAGGCCAGGUAUCCAAUGGGCCCUGUUCCAUUGCAGUCCUCUCAGGGUUCAUACCCCAGGCCAUGUGGUCCUGAAUCAACACAGUUCCCAGUCUCGGGCGCAGCACAGCCUCUGGCCAUGCCUGGACAGCAAAACCCUGUGGUUGGCAGCUAUGCCACACCAUUACCUGUGAAUACGCCUGCUUAUGAUGGGAUGAUGGGUGCACCGAGACCCUCCGCUCACCUCCCUCCACCUCAGGGCCACAAGAGACGUUUCACUGAAGAGAGUGAGGAGGAAUCGGCUCUGCUGGGGUACCAGCAUGGACCCAUUCAUAUGACUAAUUUAGGUACAGGGUCCUCUCAGACCGGACGAGGUGGAGCUGGUGUGACCUUCGCUGAUCCCUGCGGUAGAGCAAAGGAGAGGGACAGGCAGCUGAUGCCCCCACCACCACGACUUCUCAACGAAGGAUUCGUGCAACCUGAAGAUCAGUGUGGGAUGUACAGACCUUCAGCAUCUCUGGAUCAUCUUGGGGAGCCGUCGAUGAAGAUGAGGAGGAUGGGCGAGAGGGGAUCGCGGCUUGUGUCCUACGGUGGAGACUCAUCGGAUGAGGAAGAAGAACAUUCCAGAAGGAGGCAAAGUAUGGCGCAGGGCUGGAGUGCAGAGUGCUGCUACACACUACCCCCUCAGCGUGCCCAGCAGCAGAUGCCCUUCUGGAUGGCACCGUAGUUGGCUGGUUCUUGGAGAGUAAGACUGGGCCCACACUCACCUUAAAGGUCAUGAUGGCCCUCGAUGUUAAUAUGAACUAUUAGCAUGCAGACUGGCUCAAAGACGCUUGGCUGAGUGAAACAGAGCUUCUACCUGUGUGGCCAUUCUGAUGCUGCACGGUUAGAGUGUUAGAGCUUCAAACAUUAUGCUUUUCUUUGGGAGGGUGGGCUGGGAAUGUUUACCAAGAAAUUACUUAAUUCUCAAAGUUUGAAGUUGACUUCUUUUGUUUCCCUUGUGGUUUCCCAGGAGUCUCCGGGACUCAUGUAGCAAUACACGAGGGUUGGUUUCUGCACACAAGAUUGUUGGGUUUGUCUAUCUAAGGUUGGAAUCUCUCAUUUGUAGGAGAGAGCUGGCUCUGGGCAGGGGAGUGCGAUCAAGCUGCACUGACUGACAUUAAGGAUGUACCUCUCAUUCUCUGUCUAGGAGUCUCUGAUCAGAGGCUUUUACAGAUUACGGAAUGGGACUAUGAAUAUUGGAAAGAGAGACACACACAAGCUCUGGGAUGAAGCUGAACUAAUAAAUACAAGUGCUGGAGCAGUGGCUAAACCCUUGGAGCUGUGUUCCUUCUUGCUAAGGGCUGGCAUGUAUAUUCCUGGCAGUAUUCCCUCUACCUGUCCCAGGUUUCCACCUUGCCAGUUGUGAGUCUGCAGAGUACAUCCCAACCAAAGCUGUUGCUGUCCCCCUGGUGUGUCUGUGUUUUGCAGGAAGCCUGGUCCUCAAGCUGUCUCUGCUGCACCCCCAGCCUUACUGAACAGGCAGAUAACAACAUUGUUAGCCUGAGUGAGGUACCCUGUUCAGUUUGGAUGAGGUAUAUGGCAGCCAGCUGUCUGUGGAACCUUUAUGCAUUGUACUGAGCCCAGUCUGUGACACUGGAACCCAAACCCAUUACUUCCCUUCUGUUUCCCAGGUCAGAGCUGAACACUGCCACCAUCUGGCUUGAACAAUCUCAUCUAUACAUUGCUUUCCAGCUGGUUUGGUAGUGUCAUGUUACAAGUCUCAGUUGCUGUUAUAAGGCUUAAGUUCAUAAGAAGUAGGAGGAGUAGGUCAUUUGCCCCUGGAGACUGCUCUAUCAUUCAAUAAGAUCAUGGCUGAUUCGAUUGUGGUCUCAGCUCCACUUUCCAUCUUUCCCCUAUUUUGUCCUCCCAUCCCUUGUCAAUCAACACUCUGCCUUUGAACAUAUUCAGCCUCCCACUGCUGUGGGAAAGAGAGUUGCAUAGAUCCAACAACCUACUGAGACUAGAAAUUCCUCCUUGUUUCAGAAUUAGGGAGGCACUUACUUUGGAACUGUGUCAAGUUUGAGGUUUCCUGCGAGGGGGUACGUUGUCUCACUAUCUAUCCUGUCAAGCCUCCUGAAAUCCUAUGUUCUGAUAAAAUCACCUCUUUCUCCUGAACUCUAUAUGUACAGGUCCUAACUUAUCCUCCGGUUUCAUCCUUUGAUGUGCCCUUUUUAUUGUCCUGAUGGUCAGCUGUGUUCCUCACGGCUGGCACUUAAAGGGCCUCAGCAGCUGUCUGCAUCUGUUUUGAACCAAUCCUGUAGAGUAACCAGACAGGCUAUCAUUCACAAACUCAGGAGACUUCCUGUGUCCCUUCCUUGCAGUGUUACACACAGGAGCUGGUAUUCUCAGCUUCUGUAUUUAUCUGUCAGAACACACCUCCCUCUGCCAGGAAUGCAUUAACAGCUGGGGUCUCUUGUAUGAGUCAAGAGGCCAGGAAUCUAUCCCUCUGGAGCGCACAGUGUGGACUGACACAGCAGGGGAGUUUCUGUACUGUUGGACAGUCAGUACCGAGGGAACACCACGCCUUUGGAUCAGUCAUCUUUCACAAGAGAUUAAAUCUAAUCCCUUGAUACUGCUUUGAAGAUCAGGCAAUUAUCUCUGAUGCCGUAGAGUAGUAUAUACGUCUCAGUCGAUAUCACAAUAGAUUAUCUUGUCAAUGUGCUCUUGCUGUGUACAACAUUGACCAGAGUUCCACAAAUACUUCACUGGCUGCUCGAGUAGCGGACGAUGCUGUUCACCUGCAUGUUCCCACCUGGAGUUGAUCCUUUACCUUAGUGUGGAAUUUUAAAGUGUCAUGGAUUGGGUGCAGUUGUAUUGCCUAACUCUAACCCAACCCCUCUCUGUUGAGAGUUGAAUUUGAGAGCAAAAUUGUUCUCUAAAAGUUGUGAUUUUCGAACCUGUGCACGCUCCCCUUACCUGCAUGCGUGCCCCAUGCCUUCAAAAGGUUAUAUUGAUUAAAAACCUGGGAGCUGGAACAAUGAAAAUUAAUUUCUGGCUAUUAUAGCCGCAUUGGUUAUAGUCUCUGAAUUUCUGUAAAUAUUGUGACAAAGUUCUUACCUUGCCCUUUGUAAAUAAAGUGAAGCUGAACAUUA